AUGUCUCUCCCGGUGAAAGUGAUGAGGGACGGGCUGCUUGAGAAGCGCAGCAGCGGGCUUCUCCAGCUGUGGAAGAAGAAGCGUUGCGUACUCACAGAAGAAGGACUUCGCCUGUACAACUGCAAAAGCUCCGGCGUUGGAGAUGCUCCGGGUUCAGCGUGGAGCUCCAAAGCUAAGGAGCUCCGAUUUGAGCGCAUGGCCACGGUGGACUGUGUGGAGUACAAGCGAGGGCUGGUGUACUUCACUGUAGUCAUGGUUACCGGGAAGGAGAUUGACUUUCGGUGUCCUCAAGAGGGGACAGCUUGGAACGCGGAGAUCGCUUUGGCACUGGUGCGUUACAAGAACAUGCAGGCCGUGCAGACAGGGAGGAACAGGCACCUGUCCUCGGCACACCUGGGGAGCACUGGGGAGGAUGAGGAGCUGUGA